UUGAAGUCGCGAAAGUAUAACACUAACACGAUGUAAUACGAAGUAACGAUCAAAUCUUUGUUGGUAUUGUAAUUUUAGUGUGUUUUGUAACACAGUGUAGAAUUGGUCAUGAAUAUCUUUGUGCGUAGAAAAAAUUAAAAAUGCUUUGUGAAAUCAAGAAAUAAUGUACAAAAUAAUUGUGUAUUGGUUUUAUAAAACUGGACAAACAAUUAUGUUCAAUAUAUUGACCUAAUUUGGGGGUGUUUGUGUGUUUUGUGAGGAGAAAUUUUGUGAAGUGGCUUCGUUUCAAAACAUAUUAUGUUGACGAAAAUAGUGUUGGUUUCGUGACAUUUGUGUGAGGAUUUGAGGAAUAAUAAAUAAUAAACAUAAAAAAAAAACCGUAACAGUAUAAAAUAAAUCACUCAAGAUGGCUGAUUUUAUAAAAUUAUAACUUUGUCACCGAUGACACAAUGCAAAUGAAACCGUUUUCAACUCAGGUGAUAGAGAGGGAAUGCAUGACAUGUUCAUCCCGUCUCAACAUCUGUCAAGUAACAGCAGCAAUAUCGGCGUGGUACAAAUCAACCAGAAGAAACGAAAAGCCGAUCAUUUUCUUAGCAACAGCGGCAAUCACCACAAUAGUGAUUUUACAACAAAUUAUUCAACAAAUCUUGAUACAAAUCUAUUAUCAUCAACGCAUCAACACAAUCAACAGCAACAAAAUUCAACAAGCCAUCAUCACCAACACGGAACUGAUAUCAACAACACAGUUAUCGGCAACAAUACCUCAUCCAUAUUACUAUCAUCAUCAAAUCAACAUCAAAAUCAACACAGUAACACAACAAGCUCAACAUAUCUAAUCAAUCAUCCAAAUAAUCCAAUAAAUAAUAGUAAUAUUAUUUAUCAUCAAACACAAUAUGGAACAAAUAAUAAUUUAGGUAACAGUGCUGCCACUGGUGGUAUAAAUCAUAAAUUACAAGUGCAUAAUAAAAAUAGUGGCGCUACUAGUGAUUUAGAACUAAUUACUGAUAUAAAUAAUACAACUGUUGUAAGAACAAGUGCUGCCAACACAACACAAUUUAAUAACAGUAGUGGUGGUGUUGAGAAUACAACAUUUAAUAUUGGAACAGGAACAGGUACAUGUGCUGGUACAGGGGGUGGAGGAAAUGUUCAUACUGAUAACACACAAACAACAACAACGGACACAACAUUAUCUACGAAAUCAUCGGGUGGUACUACAAGCCCAUCAACAAACGAUAAUACUAACGAUACAAUUAUCGCUCAAACAUUUGUACGAGCAUCAACAAUUAAACUGUUAGAUACAUAUCAACGGUGCGGUCAAAAGAGAAAAACGUGGUCGCGAGAGGGUUAUGGUGAUAGCUCUGGUCAAACAACCUGCAGUGGAGCAGAGCAAACAACAACAACACAUCAUACGUCGUCACAACGUGCGGCUGGCGGUGGCGGAGGAGGUGCUGGUCUACAGCAACAAGGCAACGGUACGGCGGCGACAGCAGCACAUCACGGUGAAACGUGUCAUACAGCAGUCACCACGACGGCUCACAGCAAAGUCACCACCGCGGCAGGGGGUGCUAACCCCCAGCCGCAAGGUAACAAACGCUCAUCAAGUGGAGCAGACGGAGAUUACCAAUUAGUACAACAUGAAGUGUUAUAUUCUAUGACAAAUCAAUAUGAAGUACUUGAAUUUCUUGGACGUGGGACAUUUGGCCAAGUGGUCAAAUGUUGGAAGAAGGGUACAAAUGAAAUUGUCGCAAUUAAAAUACUUAAAAAUCAUCCAUCAUAUGCUAGACAAGGACAAAUUGAAGUUAGCAUACUAUCACGGCUCAGUCAAGAGAAUGCAGAUGAAUUUAAUUUUGUUCGAGCAUACGAAUGCUUUCAACAUAAAAAUCAUACGUGUCUCGUAUUUGAGAUGCUUGAACAAAAUUUAUAUGAUUUUCUUAAACAAAAUAAAUUUUCACCAUUACCAUUGAAAUAUAUUCGACCUAUUUUGCAACAAGUUCUCACUGCUUUACUUAAAUUAAAGCAAUUGGGUUUAAUACAUGCUGAUUUAAAACCAGAAAAUAUUAUGUUAGUUGACCCUGUACGACAACCAUAUAGGGUGAAAGUAAUUGAUUUUGGUAGUGCAUCACAUGUAAGCAAAGCGGUCUGUAAUACAUAUUUACAAUCACGAUAUUAUCGUGCACCAGAAAUUAUACUUGGAUUACCAUUUUGUGAAGCAAUCGAUAUGUGGUCAUUGGGUUGUGUUGUUGCUGAACUAUUUCUGGGGUGGCCAUUAUAUCCUGGCUCCUCGGAAUACGAUCAAAUACGCUAUAUAAGUCAAACACAGGGUUUACCCACUGAACAAAUGUUAAAUAAUGCAUCAAAAACAACAAAAUUCUUUUAUCGUGAUAUGGAGAGUACAUAUCCAUUUUGGAGAUUAAAAACACCAGAAGAACAUGAAGCUGAAACUGGUAUUAAAUCAAAGGAAGCUAGAAAAUAUAUAUUUAAUUGUCUGGAUGAUAUUGGACAAGUAAAUGUACCCACUGAUCUUGAAGGUGGUCAAUUACUUGCAGAGAAAGCUGAUAGAAGAGAAUUUAUUGAUCUUCUAAAAAGAAUGUUAACAAUGGACCAGGUAGAACGGAGGAUAACUCCUGGUGAAGCAUUAAAUCAUGCUUUUGUUACACUUGCACAUUUAGUUGAUUAUGCGCAUUGUAAUAAUGUAAAGGCUAGUGUACAAAUGAUGGAGGUAUGUCGUCGUAACGAUUAUAAUAAUUCUGGUUCAAGUUCACAUCAUCAAUCAUCUCAACAACCACCUCAACUAAUAACAAAUUUUGUUCCAAAUUCUAAUGGAAAUGUUACAUUUACUAUUAAUAAUCAAUUAACGAGUGUACAACGAUUAGUACGUGAUAGCAGGGCGUCUGGCUACGAUAAUUUGUAUACGACACUUUACAAUGGAGGGCGUAGUAUGGGACGGCAGUAUACAAGCGGAGGUGGCCCACAACUAAUGUCAAGUCUACUUUGUACAGCUGGACCUACAUAUCAAGGAUUAGGUUCACCAGCAAAACAUGUAGCAGUUGUUGCUGCUCAACAGCCAGCGGCUUUACAAAUUCAACCACCAAUUCUCUCACAGCAACAACAGCAGUAUGUACCAGUGAGUGUGGUCGAACCGGGUGGUCGGCAAAUGUUACUUACAAAUGCUGUGCAAACAUCAUGGCCUGCAAGUCGUCAAAUGGCCAUUGUACCUUCGUGGAAUCAAAUACCUGCACAACAUGCUGCAAUGCAACAGUCAUUAUUAUCGGAGGCUGGUGAUUGGGGUCGACCUCUUAUUGUUGAUUCUUCUGGAAUUUUACAGGAGCAAAGACCAGUAUUCCCAGUAGAUGUUCCAACUGAAGUGUACAAUACUGGUAUUGUUGAACAUUCAAGUGGUGCCUGGAGUACGACAAGUGGCAAGCGUACAUCGAAAAAUUCACAUCACUUGAUUCAACAAUCCGCACCACAUCAUAAUCAUCACAGUCAUUUGAUGGUACCGAGUCAUCAUCGGCAAUCGGAAAAGAAAGAACCAACUCAAUUAAGUCCAGUCAAGAAACGUGUAAAAGAAAGUACACCCCCAUCUUCCGAACAAGUAUGCGCUGUAACUUCAUCAAAUCGUAAUUCACGACGUACAAAUAAUAAUCACAAUUCCUCACCAUCAAAUAAUUGGGGACAAAAUCAACCUCAAUAUAAUUUAGUUGUUCACUCAAGUAACAAACAUCAUUCGGAUCAACAUCAAGUUGUUCCAUCGUCGACCACGAAUAAUAAACAAAAUCGACAACAAACGAUUACAAUACGCGAUACACCGUCACCGGUGUCAGUAAUCACAAUAUCCGAUAGCGAAGAUGAAGCCCCAACUAAAUCGAGCGUAACGAGUGGUGGUAGUACUUCGAAAUCAUCACAUCGAGCGAUUACAAUACCUGAAGUUGUACCACAAACUAAUUCACACUCAUCUUCAGGUUCAUCGUCAUCACGCAGUCAACGUAAAAAUGUGAUAUCAUGUGUUACAGUUGGUGAUAGUGACGGUGAAGAACAGCGUAGUCCGCAAAUACAAAUUCAAUCAAAUCAGAACCAGAGUGGUUCUCAUCACUCUCAACAACAGCAAGUUUAUUAUCAACAACAAAUGAUUAAACAUGAACCACAAUCAGUUCAACCUCAGAUAUCUUCACAGCAGUACAAUUAUGCAUCAUCUCAAUCACAAAAGAAGCGCUUAUUAGCUAAAGCUCAAUCUGAAUGCAUGCUCAACAAUGUAUCAACGAAACAAGAGCCAGGUACAUCUAAUGAUGGCAGCAGUGGUUACCAUUCUAGAUCCAACGAAUAUUUAAUUCAACAACAACCGACACACAUAUCCAGCGGAUCUCAUUGCAAUUCGGCAUGUAAAGAAGCGGCAGCAAAUAAUUCUGCAGCUGGAUAUCAAUACGUAACAACUGAUGGUCAUGGACAAGAGCAUAUUGUGUAUUCAAAUGGAAAGAAACGUGUUUCAUGGGCACCACCUCCACCAGUAGCGCAUGCACCAUCUGGUGUACAUAAACGUGAAUCAGUUGCGGUGCCUGUUGUUACGCAUCGAGAUUACCAUGUACCUGUUCAAACGCAUAAAGAGUAUAUACAGCCGCCAGCUGCACAUACAAAUCGUGAACAACAUUUAUUAGCGGCAACUGCACCAUCAGCUAAAGGAUGGGGACCAACACACCAAUCGUUGCAUCCUGGUUAUGGACACAGCAGUGCACAUCUAUCUCCACAACCGCUGAGUCAUCAUGCAACGGCACGGCUGAGUCCGCUUGCCGCUGCAGCUGGUCAGCCUUUGUAUCAUCAAGCAGAGUUGUAUCGACGACCUGCUGUAUACGUCACAAGUCAGCCUGCAUAUCUUUCAGCAACACAUCAGGUGCCAUUUGCUGCUGCUGCGGGUCGAGCAUUACCACCGCCUGCACACCAUUCAAGCGCCCGCCCCGUUUUAGCAGCACAUCCGGGCCAUCCAUUACCUGCGCAUAUGCAAUUUCCAUCACACGCGCAAGUAGCUGCAGCAACCGCACCAUAUGGAUUUGGUCCAUUAUCACCAACAAAACCACAACAUUACCAUCAACCAAGUUUAUGGUUUACUGAAUAACAAUCAACUUCGCCAAAAAUAAGGCAUAUUAUUUUACGUUGUUAAAACGAAACAAAAACAAUUUAAAGAAAACAAACUUGUAUGAGACAAGUCUUUGUUAAAACGAUUAAUUGAGAAAAAAUGAACUGUAAUUUUUUUUUCUUUUUAUUUUUUUUUAAAGUACACAUGCAUGUCUUGAUUAAAUAGACAAUAAAUA